AUGGAGGAAAAGAAACGGAUGAUGGAUCAUUUCAUGGCUUUGCAAACCGAAGACUACGGACCGUUUAUCGAACAGCUGCAGCUCUUCAAAUUGGACUUGGGACUUCCUGAGCACACAUCGCCGCAAGAGGUUUUUGACGCAAUCUGCGAGCUUCCAGGUUUUAUCACACAAGGAACGCUUCCAAAAUUGUCUCGGUGGUUUUCAUGGAAUCAAAGUUGUGAAGAACAGGUCCCUGAAUUCAGAGUGUUGAGGAUGGUACUGAAACACUGGCUGGGCCCUGCGGCAGACAAACUUGACCCCAAUGAUGCUGUUUACAAUCGAGAGUUGAAGAUUGGAGUCAAAGCGACACAGAAGUCGGCUGGUACAAAAGAAAAUUUGAGGUCUGAGUUCAGCCGAUUGAAGCAAAACCUUGGCGGUGGAUUGAAGUUGGCAUACUAUCUCGUGAGUGACCGGCUGCUGCACACUGUGCGACUCAUUGCUGCAGCAACCAGGCCAACUUGGACUUGGUAUGCGGACACAGUCAAGUCAGUGAAAUCUGCUGAAGACACAGUGAAGCAAACCACAGAACUUCAGAAGUCAUGGGCGUCAGACAAUCACUUGGUUCAAACUGCGGCAGUGCUGACAGCGCGCAGCCCAGAAGUUGUCAGUUUAUUUGAAGACCCAGAACUUUCGAGAUUCAAAGACUCAGGUGACAAAUUGUUCAAGCUUGUCUCCAACUUGUUGAAGCGCCGGGCCUGGUCAUUUGCCAAGCAGUAUACUGCCCCUCCGGACUGUUAUUCUGCAAUCUUGGGUGGCUCAGUCGCCGAAGCUCAGGAAGCGGUGGCAAUGCUACACCAAGACUUUGAAUGGCUACUUCGCUUGGAAGAAGAAGCAGCUUUGAUGGCGCAAAGGAAGGUUAAGGUCGAGGUCUACUUCUGUUUGGACGCAGACGAUGACACUGCAGCUGCUGAGUUUCAUUUUUUUGAACAGCCGGAGUCCUGGGAAGUGGUCAUGAAUUACGAGUUACUAUUUCAUGACUCACAAGUCAUCCUGGAUUGCCCGUUGCACGAGUCAGAGUCGCUACUCAAGUUUUUUUUGCGUGAACCGUCUCGAAUCAAACAACUUUCCCGGACUGAUUUGGAGACGAUCUCUGAAAAGUUUUUCAUGCCUCCGUGUCACGGCGACCGUGAUCAACUUCGACAGUUACCACAGAAAGAUUUGUUGGCAAGUGUCAUUGACUUCGCCUCAAAUGGUGAUGCCGAUUACAUUGAGCAAGUGCAUGAGUCACUGAAGCAGAAUAAAUCAUCUGCCGCUGCGAAGGCCCAGGAUGACGAGAAUGAGUUAUUUGGUGGAGCAUUGGACGAACUGGUGUUGCUGGACCUCCCAGCUGAAGAGCGUCGAGAUUUCGAUGAGGUGGCAAAAGCCAUUGAGAAAAAGGCGGCCAGAGUCAAAGAGCCUGAACCUACUAUUGGUGGCGAUGAGCGAGUGCAUGGGCAUGAUGAUGCUGCUGCUAGUGGUGAUGCCAGUGACCAUCGCCGUCCAGAGGACAAGUCUGCUGAUGAUUUUGAAGUGCCCCCGGAUGACACUGCCAUGGACUGUUGCGCAGGUCUGCAGACGCUUCCGCCGUCACCAGUGCCAGUGCCAAAGUUGCGAGAGUGGAAGUGGAGAAGCCCAGCCAAGAGACAAGCUACUCUUGCUGCGUCAUCAUCAUCAUGCUCUCGUCCUACUGAGCCAAUUGAAGAAGUGCACACUGACACAGCCAUUGUCGCAAUCGAAUCGGAAACUGAUUCAGUUCCAGCAGAAGCUGUUGAAAACCCGAUGGUACCUGCAUCUGAGCUUGCCAAUCCAGUGCCACUCCAGCCUGCAGUACCUGAUUUGGAACCUCCUGCUGAAGUCGCUGCAGCAGCGGCGGGCGUGGAUCUUGUAGUGCCCAAGGCCAAGGCAGCGCCCAAGGCUGCAGCAGAACGACCUUGGCCUUGCCAUCAGCGAAAUUCCAUCAACCAAUGGACUGACGUCCCGUGUCGUCGGUGUAAUGUUGCCAUUGCAGGCCAGAUCAAAUUUGACAAAGGGCCAGGACAGCGGGAUAAGCCCACCUGGUUCAUGAGAGUUCGCGAUGAUGACAAUUCAUUGAAUCAAUCCAGUGGCCCGUACUUCUCGCGAAGACUUGCUCAUAUUGUUGGGGACACUGACACCUUUGCCAUGGAGUGGAUUGAGCAGUAUAAAAAAUACUGUGGAAGCAAACGGACCCGUCGUUGA